AACACGGCCAUCCUGACGGGGCGGACAGUGGCCAUUCCCGUGAAGGUCAUCGCCAUUGAGCUGAGCGGCAUCAUUGUGGACGUCUCGGCUAUGGUCGAGUGCAAGUCCAACAACGAAGACAUUAUCAAGGUCUCCAGCAGCUGUGACUACGUCUUUGUCAGCGGGAAGGAGUCGCGGGGCUCCAUGAGCGCCCGGGUCACCUUCACCUACGAGCACCUCUCUGCCCCGCUGGAGAUGACGGUGUGGGUUCCCAAACUGCCGCUGCACAUCGAGCUCUCGGAUGCCCGGUUGAGCCAAGUGAAGGGCUGGAGGGUGCCCAUCCUGCCGGACAGGAGGUCGGUGCGGGACAGCGAGCACGAGGAGGAUGAAGAGGAGCGGAAGCAGAGCCGGGGCUGUGCCCUGCAGUACCAGCACGCCACGCUGCAGGUCUUCACCCAAUUCCACACCACGGCGGCGGAGGGCACGGGGCAGGUGGUCACCAUGCUGGGGCCCGACUGGCUGGUCGAGGUCACCGACCUGGUCAGUGACUUCAUGCGUGUGGAUGACCCGCGGGUGGCCCACAUGGUGGACAGCUUCACGCUGGCCGGGAGGGAGCCGGGCACCACGCUUUUCAAGGAAGCGCUCCUGAGCCUGUGGAUUUCCUACAGCGACGGCACCACAGCUCCCCUCUCCCUCUAUGACCCCAAGGACUACAACCUGGUGGUGAGCAGCCUGGAUGAGAAGGUGGUCUCGGUGACCCAGGACCGGGCAUUCCCCUUGGUGGUGGCAGAGAGCGAGGGCACAGGGGAGCUGCUGCGGGCUGAGCUGGUCAUCUGCGAGAGCUGCCAGAAGACCAAGCGCAAGAGCGUGCUCUUCACAGCUUUGGCCACCGUGCGGGUCCACUUUGGGUCCGAGGAGGACCCAACCUAUGACUACGACCACGUGCCCAGCAAGCCAGGGCUGGUGGAGACGGGGGCGAGCACCACUCUGCGGGCAGAGGUGGAGAGGAAAGCGGAGCCGAGCGAGGACAGUAGGAUGUCCAGUGCAUCUCAUCCCACCGAGGACUUCCCCACCAUCCCCACCGGCUUCGUCCAGGUGACCAGGGGGCUGACGGACCUGGAGAUAGGCAUGUACGCCCUCCUAGGUGUCUUCUGCCUGGCCAUCUUGGUCUUCCUCAUCAACUGCAUUGUCUUUGUGCUGAAAUACCGGCACAAACGCAUCCCGCCUGAAGGCCAGACCAACAUGGACCAUUCCCACCACUGGGUCUUCCUGGGCAAUGGGCAGCCCUUGCGGGCUCACAAUGACCUCUCCCCCCAGCCCGAGAGCCCCGGGAACCCCCUGGAAAAUGUCCAGACCUGCUGCCACGGGGACCACCACAGCAGCGGGAGCUCGCAGACCAGCGUGCAGAGCCAAGUCCAUGGCCGCGGGGACGGUUCCUCAGGGGGCUCCACGCGGGACCAGAGCGAGGACCCACUCAACUCACCCACCUCCAAACGGAAGCGGGUGAAGUUCACUACCUUUGCCACGCUGCCCUCUGACGAGCUGGCCUACAACUCCAUCCCCAUCGCCGAUGAGGAGGACUUGGAGUGGGUCUGCCAGGACAUGGGACUGCAAGACCCUGAAGAGCUUCACAACUACAUCCGCAGAAUCAAAGAGAUCGCUUAA